AUGGAUUUUACGGAAGACGAUGAUGAAGUCCAUGAAGACAAACAAGAAAUUGCCCGACGUAUUUUUAUUCAUCAGCAAAGAAUAAGAGACCUUAUAAACUUGUUGGAAACAGAGCGUAAACUUAUAGAACAAAUGUUACCUUAUCAGUUCGUUGUGUCAAAUAUCAUAUUGUGCAUAAUUAAGAUUGUCGAAGAAGAAAAUGGCCGUACUUCCUCUCGUUAUGGAAAUUUGGAGCUAUGGAAACCAUCUGCAAGCAAUAAAAAAAUAUUAAACCCAAGAGAACUUCGUCGAUCAGUUCUUGCUGCUGUCAGUGAAUUGGCGACAGAAAUCGAUACAUGCAUCGAAAAUAUAUCUGCACAAGCAAAGGAUCAUAUUUGUACCACAGACGUCAUUAUAACUCAUGCAUUAUCAUUAUCAUCCACACUUACUGCUUUUUUCAAUACUGCUCGCAAAAUUCAUAAAAGUUUUCGUCUGUUGGUAGUUGAUGAGGAAACUGAUUUUGCUGACUAUUUGUUAUCAGUAGAUAUUCUGACCGCAAUGCAACGUGCUACACGAGUUUUUAUCGCUGCUGUGGUUGUAUUUCCAGAUGGAUCUUGUUUAGCACCUGCUGGGUGCUUGAUGAUGUGCUUAGCAGCUAAAAGACAUGGAGUACCUGUUUGUGUUUGCGCUAGUUUCUAUAAAUUCGCUCCUUUUUUCGUUUCGGAUGUUGAUCGUGUGCAAUGCUUCGGUUGUGCUGCUAAUGUGUUACCAUUAGUGGAAGCAGAAGACAUGGAAGACGCACAAAUUGUUAAUCCCAUGUAUGAUUUAAUUCCUGGAGAACUUAUAUUACAAUACAUUUCACCUACUUCUACUUUUAUGCCUUCUCAUGUCUACCGUUUCAUGGCAGAUUAUUAUCAUCGUGAUCGUCUUGCUUAUCGUUCUUUGUUGAUGGCAGAACCAGGUGACGCCGUGAGAGUAGACGAUGUUGAAAACUCUAGCGGUUAUGAUGAAGAAGAAGAAGAUGAUGAUGAGAGCUGUAGCGGUAGCGAUGAAAGUACUUCUGAUGAAAGUUGCAGUGAGGAUGAGAGCGAGCAGCAAAGUAGCGAAGAGGACGAAAAUGACGAUAUCAAUGUUUGGGACUUCAGCGAUGAUGGCGCUCAGACGGAGGAGGCUGUGUUUAUGAUAUUUCAAAACAUUAAAAUGCCGUAUGUAAAUGACGCAAAAGGAUUGAAGGAAGCUUCACUUCAAACGGACUAUACCAAAGCUCUGAAUCUCGUUUUGAGUGGGCAGAAACAAAAAGCACUCAGAAUGAUGGAAAAACUUCUACAGCAUCCAAUACUGGUAAAGUUUGAAGUAAAUAUCAAUUUAUUCAAUUGGGAUGAAGCUAGGGAACAAGAUCGUCAGAAUCAUUCUCGUGUAUCUGCCAUGGCUCGUCUUUUCUCAUCCUUACAUUUCAAUAUUGGACGACUUUUAAAUGAUCCAAUAGAGCAUUUUUUAAGCGCAUUGACUGUAUAUCCAAAUGAUGAUUAUUUAUGGAAAUCUGUUGGGGACGAGUGUUUAAAAGCAAAAGAUUGGCCCAUGGCAUUGUUUGCAUUCAGAAAUUGCUCUUCAAACAUGAUUGUGAUCCGUGGAAUUCUGAUUGCUUUAUACAACUCAAAUCUUUUUGAAGAUUGUCUUCUAAAAAUAAAAUCAGUGCUGGAACGAGAUAAAACAUAUUUUUUGGGACGUGUUCUCAAAGAAAUUAUCAGAGAAACGAAUUCUUUUUGGGAAAUGAAAUGUCGUCAGAUAUUUGGCGAAGAUUCUGUUUACGUAUCAGACGAAAGCUGUUCUAAAAUCACCACGAAUGAUAAAAAACUGGUCCUAAAAGAAAUUACAAAAACAGAAAAUUUCAUUGUUUCAUUUGAACCAGUACUGAAACAGGUGGUGAUUGAUUUGAGUUUAUGUCUGAGCUUGGUUGAAAUAGGAAUUCAUUUCUGUGAUUUAUAUGAUCGCAUCGAAGCAUUCUCAAGUUUUUCAACGCAGACUAUUAUGGUAUCUGGAGGACAAACUGUCGGUGAAUUGGAAAAAAUUUUCAGAGGUUUUUCCGAUGAUCUGAUGGAUUGUAUAGAUGUCGUUCAGGAUAUCAUUUGCAAAAUUAGUCUUCUCAAUACUGUUAUACAAGAGUUUAAUUUUCAUGGAAUUACACGAAUUCAAAAACAGUUAGAUCCUUGUUUGGAUUGGAGACGACGAUCCGUCCGUUUUCGUGCAGAAUUUAAUGUUGACGAUUCGGAAGGUUCGAAUGAUGAAAAGCUGUUGAUUAAUUCACUGCUUAACUAUUCAUGUGUUCGUAAACCUACUAUCGUACCACUUAUAUCCAUAAAACCUACACCAUUACCUUCUUUAUCUCCUUCUAAGAAGAUUGCAUUAUUGACAUCUGUAAGUGAUGGAAUAUUGGUACUUAAAUGUGUAAUAUGUCUGACAAACAAAUUUGCAAACGGAAAUGGUCGGAUUUUCGACAUUUUAGAGACAUUACUUUUUUGGUAUUCGAAAAAUUGCUUCUACAUUGAAAUUACUGAUCGUUUACGAGAGGUCAUUAUUGGUUGUUAUGCACGAUGGGUUACUAAUUUUGGAAAUGCAUCAAUGAUUCGUGGGGAUGAAUUUUUACCAAUUCACGCAAUGUUAGCUGAAUUUGGUUCUACUGAAGCUUUAUUUGUUUGCUACUCCUCGCUUUCUGAUUGUUCAGAGCAUGAAAUGAAAGCUCGAAUGCUUUGGUUAAUAGCAAUAAAUGGUCGAGACACUUUCUCUCCUCACGUUUGUACAAAUCAUUUGUGGAAGUUAUUGGCCGUUCUGAAAUCUGGUGAUGACCCAGAAGUCAAGUAUCAGUCCCUGAUUACAGGCCAUGAAAUAAUCAGCAUAGAAACCGUCCAAACUUUAAUUGCUCAGAUUGAGCGUAAAGAAAGUUUUGAAGCAAUUCAGCGAUUUUUCAAAGAGCGUCAGUUUGAUAAGGUUAUUGGCAUUAUCAUUGACUUUUUAAAUUGGAAUGAUGUCGAUAGAAGUGCGCUUCUUUCAACAGCACUGAUUCUGAUCGAUUCUUACAUAGAAUUAAAUGAUAUGGAGAAUGCAUCUAUCUGGAGUUGCAGAUUGUUAGAUUUCACUGGUGGACUUGCUGGAACGGAAAAAGUGAUAAUGAGGGUAAAGCGAAUUGUUAUUGAAAACAUCAGUUCAGAAAGCAUCUCUAAUUUGGUUCACUGCAUUGUGCCGCUUCUUGUACUUGGUGGAUAUGAAUCAGAUACUGAUUUGUGGCUCAUAUUGUACCACUGUGCUUUUCGUUUAGAAGGAGAACUUACAGCUAAAGCACUAUCUUCCUUAUAUGAAGAUGGGUGCCAGAUGCUUACUUCCGCAUUGAAUGUAUUGGUUACGGCUCAUGAAAAAAUUGCCAAACACGACAAAUGCUACAUUGAUGAUCAUAGUUUCCCGUUGUUUGUGCUUAAUGAAUUUUCGAAAAUCCGAACUCACCAUGCAGUAAUAGAGACUCUUUCUUCACGAGAAUAUGUGGAACAAAAUCGAGCUUUCAUAGAUGAAGUUCACCAAUGUUUAUUUUGUUUAUAUGGAUGUCCUUCAAGACGUAAGAGACAAUUGGAGGAACAUGGAGGUUCACAUAAUCAUGAGCCAUGUUUAAAAGAUAUUGAAAAUGUCUUAUUGCUGUUGCUACCGACCAAGGUCCCACCAUAUGAUGGUAGUUACUCUACUGAUUUAAUCGAAUUCGUUCAAAAAAAGGCCUCAUCAUUUUUAGAACCAACUUCUGAUGAAAAGGCAAAGCUGUUGGCAUUAGAUCACUUCAUUGUGCAGGCUAAAAUAAGCACUGAUUGGCCUCGAUGUAUGGAGAGUUCUCGAUUGCGCUCGGGAGUUUUUUAUCAGUUGGCUCUGCAUUCUUAUCGUAAUCAUAAAGUGGAUGAUGCAGUGUACUACGCUAAAUUAUUUCUCAUUACUGCUCCUACUGAGCAGUGCAUUCAAGUGUUCUUUUGGGAUUGGACUGUUUUAGCUUUGGCUGCUACCACAGUUUUCUUCACUGUCAAGGAUGAAAUGUUCAAACAUUUUGAUGCUAGCGUAUUUGCUUUUCGGAUGGCCUUGUUUUUUGACCCAUCAGAUCGAUAUGUGAUUUUCAAUUUUGGUAGUGCUUUGUAUCAGAUUAAUUCUCGGAUACGUCGAUAUAGAGAUAAGCUUGCUGUGGAUGAUAUCCGAUAUCAGUUGGCUGACCGACGUAUUAAUGGCUUAUUAGAAGAAAGUCGACGUCAAUUUGAGAUUUGCAUACCACUUUUGUCGGAUGGUGAUGUAGAUAAAUGGCGAUGUCACUAUUUUUUGGCGAAAAUUUCCGAAAAAUGUGGAGACGCUAUUGAAUUUGUAUUUCACCAUUAUCAUCAAUCAGCUGUCCAGCUAAAGGCUGCAGGAAUUCAGUAUCCGAAUCGAAUUAAUACGAAAAAACAAGAGCAUGCAGAAGCAAUCGAGAUCCAUUAUCGUGCAUACGCAUCCCUGACUAAGUACUUACUAGAAAGACAAACAGAAUGGAGUCGAGAAGAUCUUUUAUUAAUGCAGUCUUUUGCUCUUUGUUUUCGGAGUCAUGGAGUCUGCAAACAGAAGGAUGGAGACGAAUUCACACAAUGUCCACAAGUUAAAGCAACUCUCAUUCACUUGAUUGACAACGCUAGGGAAUCUAAUGAUCCAAUUCAAGAUUUAAUGGAGGACUUAGUUGAACGUAUUGCACUUAAAACAGAAAUUCUGCUUUCCUGCGAAGAGGCUUUCAAGAUUUGUAUACUAAGAUUCCCACACUUCAAGUCAUACUAUCGGUUGUCGCAAUUGGCAUUAUAUCGAGGUGACAUUCUAGAAGCUUUUAAUUAUUUGUUUGGACGUUUUUUGCUGAAAAAAAAAGCCAAUUUCAAUCCAGAUAAUAUAUUUGAGAGUGUGGUAUCGAUUUCUUGCAAAGACAUUGAUAGAGGUGACGCAUUACAAUAUCAUCUUUCGCGCUUGGCGGCGUUAGCAAUAAAUAUAGCUGCUUCAUUGAAUGACUUCGACGCUUUGAUCACAAUAAUCCAUACGUUUUGCACGCUGGAUUUUUGUAACAACACGUCGUUUAAUGUUUUUGUUCUCAGUGAUUAUUUGAUGAAACGUGAUCUGAUUAUGCUUUACCGAAAAGCAUUGAUCAAGUUAUACAGCUGUAUACGGUAUAAAAUCAAGAACCAGGCAGUAAAUAGUCAUCUUCUCUGCUCUAUUUAUGAUCUUUAUCAAUAUGCUGAAAGAAAUAAUGCUGAGCGUCUCUGCAAACGUUUGCAGCCAGUAAUCGCGUCAGCUGUUAAGGAAUUUCCUGAUUAUGAUGUGAAGACUGAACCAAUUUCAUUUUGUAAACAACUCUACAUCGGUUCCAAGAAAAGAGCAGGAAAACGGAAAACGAGUGGUAACCCUACUUCGCAAACUAAGUCUGCCCGCAUAACAUACAGUCCGAACCCAUAUUCCGCCACCUGA